UUCCCUGCCAGCGACCCGACUUGGAGCGGCGUCGUGGGGAGCCAGCAGACUCGCAGGCAAGGAAGGCCAGGAAGACUCGGGGUGGGGUCGCUGGGUUCCCACCAGCCCAAGGCGCGGGAGACAAGGGAGAUGAGGAUGCGGCUCCUGGUGGCCGCAGUCUUCGGAUUCCUGGUGGGGGCGCCCCCCGGAGCGUGGGCCCAACCUAGGGAGAGAGUGACCUGCACGCGGCUUUACUCCGCUGACAUCGUGUUCUUACUCGACGGCUCUUCCUCCAUCGGCCGCAACAACUUCCGGGAAGUGCGAGGCUUCCUGGAGGGGCUGGUGCUGCCUUUCACCGGGGCGGCCGGCGCGCAGGGGGUCCGCUUCGCCGCCGUGCAGUACAGCGAUGACCCGCAGACGGAGUUUGGCCUGGAUGCCCUGAGCUCCGGGAGUGAUGUGAUCCGUGCCAUUCGUGAGCUCAGCUACAAGGGGGGCAACACCCGGACAGGGGCCGCACUUCAUCAUGUGUCUGACCACGUCUUCCUGCCCCAUCUGGCCCGACCUGGCGUUCCCAAGGUCUGCAUCCUGAUCACAGACGGGAAGUCCCAGGACUUAGUAGAUACAGCUGCCCAGAAACUGAAGGGGCAGGGGGUCAAGCUGUUUGCUGUGGGAAUCAAGAAUGCUGACCCCGAGGAGCUGAAACGUGUAGCCUCGCAGCCGACCAAUGAUUUCUUCUUCUUCGUCAACGACUUCAGCAUCUUGCGGACACUGUUGCCUCUCGUUUCCCGGAGGGUGUGUACAAGUGCUGGAGGCGUGCCUGUGACUCUGCCUCCUGAUGACUCUACAUCUGGGCCCCGGGACCUGGUGCUGUCUGAGCCAGGCAGUCAGUCCUUGAGAGUACAGUGGACAGCAGCUAGUGGCCCCGUGACUGGCUACAAGGUUCAGUACACCCCUCUGACAGGGCUGGGACAGCCGUUGCCAAGUGAGCGGCGAGAGGUGAACAUCCCAGCUGGUGAGACCAGCAUGCAGCUGCAGGGUCUCCGGCCACUGACCGAGUACCAAGUGACUGUGGUUGCUCUCUAUGCCAACAGCAUUGGGGAGGCCGUGAGUGGAACAGCUAGGACCACUGCUGUAGAGAGGCUGGAACCAACAGUCCAGAACACCACAGCCAACAGCCUCCUGGUGGCCUGGCGGAGGGUGCCAGGUGCCACUGGCUACCGGGUGACAUGGCGGGCUCUCAGUGGUGGAGCCACACAGCAGCAGGAGCUGGGCCCAGGGCAUGGGUCAGUGUUGCUACGUAACCUUGAACCUGGCACGGACUAUGAAGUGACUGUGAGCACCCUGCUGGGCCGUAGCACGGGACCUGGCACUUCCCUGACCGCCCGCACUAACUCCUCUGUUAAGCAGACCCUGCACCCCAUCAUCUUGGACCCCACGUCUAUCCUCCUUUCCUGGAACUCGGUGCCUGAGGCCCGUGGCUACCGGCUGGAGUGGCAUCGUGAGAGUGGUCUGGAAUCCCCACAGAAAGUGGUGCUCCCCCCUGAUGUGACUCGCUACCGGUUAGAUGGGUUGCAGCCAGGCACUAAAUAUCGUCUCACACUCUACACGCUGCUGGAGGGCCGAGAGGUGGCUACCCCUGCAACUGUGGUUCCCACUGGGCCAGAGCGGCCAGUGGACCCUGUGAUGGAUCUACAAGCGACUGAGCUGCCUGGGCACCAAGUGCGAGUAUCCUGGAACCCAGUCCCUGGUGCCACUGAGUACCGCGUCACUGUGCGCAGCACCCAGGGGGUUGAACGGACCCUGUUGCUUCCUGGGAGCCAGACAGCCUUUGACUUGGACGAUGUUCGGGCAGGGAUCAGCUAUACUGUGCGAGUGUCUGCCCGAGUGGGCACCCGUGAGGGGGGUGCCAGUACGCUCACCAUCCGCCGAGAGCCAGAAACUCCACUCGCUGUCUCAGGGUUACAGGUCGUGGCAUCUGAUGCCACAAGAGUACGGGUGGCCUGGGGGCCUGUUCCUGGAGCCAGUGGAUUUCGGAUCAGCUGGAGAACAGGCAGUGGUCCAGAGUCCAGCCAAACAUUGCCCCCGGACACCACUGCCACGGACAUCUUGGGGCUGCAGCCUGGAACCUCCUACCAAGUGUCCGUGUCAGCCCUUCGAGGAAGGGAAGUGGGACCCCCUGCGAUCACUGUGGCUCGAACUGACGCACUGGGCCCUGUGAGGACAGUUCGUGUCACUCAGGCUGGCAGCUCAUCUGUCACCAUUGCCUGGACCAGGGUUCCUGCUGCCACAGGAUACAGGGUUUCCUGGCGCUCGGGCCAUGGCCCAGAGAAAUUUCAGCUGGUUUCCGGGGAGACCACAGUGGCCGAAGUAGAUGGUCUGGAGCCAGACACUGAAUAUACAGUGAGCGUGAGGGCCCAUGUAGCUGGAGUGGAUGGACCGCCUGCCUCGGUGGGUGUAAGGACUGCUCCCGAGCCUGUAGGCAGCGUGUCAAAAUUAGAAAUCCUCAAUGCUUCCAGCGAUGUUCUACGCGUCACCUGGGUAGGGGUCACUGGAGCCACAGCUUACAGACUGGCCUGGGGCCGAAGUGAAGGUGGCCCCACGAGUCACCAGAUGCUCCCGGGGCACACGGACUCUGCGGAGAUAAGGGGUCUCGAAGGUGGAGUCAGCUACUCGGUGCGAGUGACUGCACUUGUCGGGGACCGAGAGGGCGCACCCGUAUCCAUCGUGGUCACCACGCCUCCCGCGGCUCCCGCUUCUCUGGACACCCUUCAAGUGGUGCAGCGGGGGGAGCACUCGCUGUGGCUGCGCUGGGAACCGGUGCCCGGGGCGCAUGGCUACCGUCUGCGUUGGCAGCCUGAGGGUGGCCAGGAACAGUCCUGGAUCUUGGGACCUGAAUCUAGUAGCUAUCAUCUGGAUGGAUUGGAGCCAGCAACACUGCAUCGCGUGUGGCUCAGUGUCCUGGGGCCAGCUGGAGAAGGACCCCCCAGGGAGGUGACUGCACGUACUGAAUCCCCUCAUGUCCCAAGCACUGAACUACGUGUGGUGGACACCUCCAUUGACUCAGUGACUCUGGCCUGGAACCCAGUAUCUGGGGCAUCCAACUACAUUUUAUCCUGGCGGCCGUUCAGACGCACCGGCUGGGAAGUGCCUGGAGCUCCACAGACUCUGCCGGGGACUUCCACGUCCCACCGAGUAACGGGCCUAGAACCUGGAGUCUCCUAUAGCUUUUCCCUGUCACCUGUCCAGAGGGGCAUACGGGGUCCCGAGGUCUCUGUCACACAGAAGCCAGUGUGUCGCCAUGGCCGGGUGGAUGUGGUGUUUCUGCUGCAUGCCACUCGAGACAAUGCUCACCAAGCCGAGACCAUGAGGCAGGUCCUGGAGCGGCUGGUGUCUGCACUUGGACCUCUUGGACCACAGGCCUCUCAGGUUGGCAUGUUGUCCUACAGUCACCGGCCCUCUCCACUCUUCCCACUGAAUAGCUCCCAUGACCUGGGCGUCAUCUUGCAGAAGAUCCGUGACAUCCCUUACGUGGACCCCAGUGGAAACAAUCUGGGCGCAGCUGUGAUCACAGCUCACAGACACCUGUUGGGGCCUGAUGCCCCUGGGCGCCGUCAGCAAGUGCCGGGGGUGAUGGUUCUGCUAGUGGACGAGACACUGAGAGGUGACAUCUUCAGCUCCAUCCGUGAGGUCCAGGCUUCUGGCCUCAAGGUGAUGAUAUUGGGUUUGGCGGGAGCUGACCUGGAGCAGCUGCGCCGCUUGGUGCCAGGAGUGGACCCUGUCCGGAACUUCUUUGCUGUGGACAGCGGUCCAAGCUUGGACCGGGCUGUCAGUGACCUGGCGGUCGUCUUGUGUCAGGAAGCCAUGACCACUCAGCCUCAGCCAGAGCCUUGUGCUGUCCAUUGUCCAAAAGGCCAGAAGGGGGAGCCUGGCGUGAUGGGCAUGAAAGGACAAUCUGGGCCUCCUGGUCCCCCUGGCCUCCCGGGCAGGACUGGUGCUCCUGGCCCCCAAGGCCCUCCUGGAAGUACCAGUGCAAAGGGAGAGAGGGGAUUGCCUGGACCAGAAGGGCCCCCAGGCAACCCCGGCCUCCCUGGGAUACCUGGUACUCCAGGCACGAAGGGCUCCCCAGGGUGGGCCGGCCCUCGUGGAGAACCGGGAGAGCGAGGACCUCGAGGCCCCAAGGGGGAGCCGGGAGAGCCUGGGCAGGUCUUUGGCGGUGAAGGAGCAGGGCUUCCUGGAAGAAAAGGGGACUCUGGACCUCCGGGCCCUCCAGGACUUCGUGGCCCCUUGGGGGACCCAGGACCCCGUGGGCCCCCGGGGCCCCCUGGAACAGCUGUGAAGGGUGACAAAGGUGAUCGUGGAGAACGGGGUCCCCCUGGAGCAGGCAUCGGUAGGACUGCACAAGGCGAGCCUGGGCUUCCGGGUCUUCCUGGAAGCCCUGGACCCCAAGGUCCGGUGGGCCCCUCUGGAGAGAAGGGAGAGAAGGGUGACUGUGAGCACGGAGCCCCAGGCCUUCCAGGACAAGCGGGGACCCCGGGCGCGCCGGGCCUUCGGGGAGUCCCAGGGAUUGCUGGCCCCAAAGGUGACCAAGGGUUAAGGGGGAGCCAGGGUGAGACUGGAGAAAAAGGUGAACGGGGAUCCCCUGGUCCAGUGGGACCCCAGGGGCUUCCUGGGGCUGCUGGACGUCCCGGACCUGAAGGUCCUGAGGGACCACCAGGACCCACUGGCCGCAGGGGAGAGAAGGGAGAGCCUGGUCGCCCUGGGGACCCUGCAGGGGGUCCCACUGGUGCUGGCGUCAAGGGAGAAAAGGGAGAUGUGGGACCCACUGGGCCCAGAGGAGCUGCUGGAAUCAAAGGGGAACAGGGACCACCUGGGUUGGCUCUUCCUGGAGACCCUGGCCCCAAGGGAAACCCUGGAGACCGGGGUCCCACUGGCCUCACUGGCAGAGCAGGACCUCCCGGUGACUCAGGGCCUCCUGGAGAAAAGGGAGAUCCUGGGCGGCCCGGGCCUGCAGGGCCUGCCGGCCCUCGAGGACGAGAUGGUGAAGUUGGAGAGAAAGGUGACGAGGGUCCCCAGGGUGACCCAGGUUUACCCGGAAAAGCAGGAGAGCGGGGCCUUCGGGGAUUACCUGGAACCCGGGGACCUGUGGGGGAGAAGGGAGACCAGGGAGAUCCCGGAGAGGACGGACGGAAUGGCAACCCUGGACCGUCGGGACCUAAGGGUGACCGUGGGGAGCCAGGUCUCCCGGGUCCCCCUGGACGCCUGGUUGACGUGGGACCUGGACCCAGAGAAAAGGGAGAGCCUGGCGACCGUGGACAGGAAGGUCCUCGAGGACCCAAAGGUGAACCUGGACCCCCUGGAACCUCUGGAGAGAGGGGUGCUGAUGGACUUCGAGGACCCCCAGGCCCACAGGGAGACCCGGGUGUGAGAGGCCCACCAGGAGAAAAGGGUGAUAGGGGCCCCCCUGGACUGGAUGGCCGGAAUGGGCUGGAUGGGAAACAAGGAGCGCCUGGCCCUCCGGGACUACAUGGUGCUGCGGGCAAAGCCGGGGACCCCGGGAGAGAUGGGCUUCCAGGCCUCCGAGGAGAACAUGGCCCUCCUGGUCCCCCUGGAGCACCGGGAAAGGCAGGCGAGGAUGGCAAGCCUGGCUCCAACGGGAAAAAUGGAGAACCUGGGGACCCUGGAGAAGAUGGGAGAAAGGGGGACAAGGGAGAUUCAGGCGCCCCUGGAAGAGAAGGCCCCGACGGCCCCAAGGGCGAGCGUGGAUCUCCUGGUAACCCUGGUCCUCAGGGUCCUCCAGGUCUCCCCGGACAGGUCGGUCCUCCUGGCCAGGGUUUUCCUGGUGUCCCAGGAAGUGUGGGCCCCAAGGGUGACCGUGGGGAGACUGGCUCCAAAGGGGAACAGGGCCUCCCUGGAGAACGUGGCCUACGAGGAGAGCCCGGGAGCUUGCCGAGUGUGGAGCGGUUGCUGGAAACUGCUGGCAUCAAGGCGUCUGCUCUCAGAGAGAUCGUAGAGACCUGGGAUGAGAGCUCUGGCAGCCUUCUGCCUCUGGCUGAACGGCAUCGGGGCCCCAAGGGGAGCCCAGGCGAGCGGGGUCUCCCAGGCAAGGAGGGCUCUAUUGGCUUUCCUGGAGAGCGUGGGCUGAAGGGGGAUCGUGGAGACCCUGGUCCUCAGGGGCCUCCUGGUCUGGCCCUUGGGGAGAGGGGCCCUCCCGGACCACCCGGCCUUGCUGGGGAACCUGGGAAGCCUGGCAUCCCCGGGCUCCCGGGCCAGGCUGGGGCUGCUGGAGAGGCAGGAAGGCCAGGAGAGAGGGGAGAACGGGGAGAGAAAGGAGACCGUGGAGAACAGGGCAGAGAUGGCCUUCCUGGACCACCUGGCCCUCCUGGCCCUAAGGUGACGAUAGAUGAGUCAGGCCCCGGAUUCUCUAGAGAACAAGGACCCCCUGGACUUAAGGGUGCUAAGGGGGAGCCAGGCAGUGAUGGUGGCCCUGGACCCAAAGGAGACAGGGGUGCACCAGGAACCAAGGGAGACCAGGGAGAACCUGGGAAGAGGGGUCAUGAUGGCAACCCGGGUCUGCCAGGGGAGCGUGGCGUGGCUGGGCCUGAAGGAAAGCCGGGUCUGCAGGGCCCGAGGGGGAACGCUGGCCCGGCAGGUAGCCAUGGAGACCCCGGGCCACCUGGUGCUCCGGGUCUUGCCGGCCCUUCAGGACCCCAAGGACCUUCUGGCCUGAAGGGAGAGCCUGGAGAGACGGGACCCCCAGGACGGGGCCUGCCUGGACCUACUGGAGCUGUGGGACUUCCUGGUCCUCCUGGUCCUUCAGGCCUUGUGGGUCCUCAGGGGUCGCCAGGUUUGCCUGGACAAGUGGGGGAGACAGGGAAGCCGGGACCCCCAGGUCGUGAUGGUGCCAGUGGAAAGGAUGGAGACCGAGGAAGUCCUGGCGUCCCAGGGUCACCGGGUCUGCCCGGCCCUGUUGGACCUAAAGGAGAACCUGGAUCCAUGGGGGCUCCUGGACAGGUGGUGAUUGGGCCCCCUGGAGCGAAAGGAGAGAAGGGAGCCCCAGGAGACCUUGCUGGACACCUGCUGGGUGAGCCGGGGGCCAAAGGUGAUCGAGGACUGCCAGGGCCACGGGGCGAGAAGGGUGAAGCUGGCCGUGCAGGGGAACCUGGAGAUCCUGGGGAAGAUGGCCAAAAAGGAGCUCCAGGACUCAAAGGUCACAAGGGUGAGCCAGGAAUUGGUAUCCAGGGCCCACCUGGGCCAACUGGUCCUCCAGGCAUAAAGGGAGACUUGGGCCCCCCUGGUGCCCCUGGUGCUCCGGGUGUUGUUGGAUUCCCUGGUCAGACAGGACCUCGAGGGGAGAUGGGCCAGCCGGGCCCUGUUGGAGAGCGGGGUCUGGCAGGUCCCCCAGGGAGAGAAGGUGCCCCAGGCGUGUUGGGGCCACCUGGGCCACCGGGACCAGUGGGAGCACCUGGGGCCGCUGGACUCAAAGGAGACAAGGGAGAGCCUGGAGCAGGGCUGCCUGGUCCCCGAGGCGAGCGUGGGGAGCCAGGUGUCCGGGGUGAAGAUGGCCACCCCGGCCAGGAGGGACCCCGAGGACUCAUGGGACCCCCCGGAAGCCGGGGAGAGCGAGGGGAGAAGGGUGACGCCGGAACCGCAGGGCAAAAGGGUGACAAGGGUGACUCAGCUGUGAUUGUGGGGCCUCCAGGGCUACCAGGUGCCAAAGGGGACAUGGGUGAACGAGGGCCUCGGGGCCUAGAUGGUGACAAAGGACCCCGGGGGGACAGUGGAAGUCCUGGUGAAAAGGGCUCCAAAGGAGAGCCUGGUGACAAGGGUUCGACUGGAUCCGUGGGAGUUCGAGGACCCACAGGACCCCAGGGUGAGCCUGGUGCUGCAGGAAUCCCCGGGGAGCCGGGAGCCCCAGGAAAAGAUGGAGCCCCUGGCUUCCGAGGCGACAAAGGAGAUAUUGGCUUCAUGGGUCCCCGAGGUCUUAAGGGUGAACGGGGCCCCAAGGGAGCCUGUGGCCUCGAUGGAGAGAAGGGAGACAAGGGAGAAGCUGGUCUCCCAGGCCGCCCUGGGCUAGUGGGACGGAAAGGAGAUAUGGGGGAGCCUGGUAUGCCAGGCCAGUCUGGAGCUCCUGGAAAGGAGGGUCUGAUUGGUCCCAAGGGUGACCGAGGCUUUGAUGGGCAGUCAGGACCCAAGGGUGACCAAGGAGAGAAAGGGGAGAGGGGGCCUCCAGGAACUGGGGGCUUCCCGGGUCCCAGAGGUAAUGAUGGCUCUAGUGGCCCCCCAGGGCCACCUGGCAGUAUUGGUCCCAAAGGCCCUGAAGGACUUCAGGGUCAGAAGGGUGAGCGAGGUCCCCCCGGAGAGCAUGUGGUAGGCGCUCCAGGGGCACCUGGAACCCCUGGUGAGAGAGGAGAACAGGGCCAGCCAGGGCCCCCUGGCCCCCGUGGGGAGAAGGGAGAAGCUGCUCUUACGGAAGAUGACAUUCGGGGCUUUGUGCGUCAGGAGAUGAGUCAGCAUUGCGCCUGCCAGGGCCAGUUUAUGGCGUCUGGAUCACGACCCCUCCCCAGUUAUGCUGCAGACACAGCUGGCCCCCAGCUCCAGCGUGUACCUGUGCUCCGGGUCUCCCACGUAGAAGAGGGCCAGGUGCCCCCUGAAGACGAUGACGAGUUCUCUGAGUACGCUGUGUAUUCUGUGGAGGAAUACCAGGACCCCGAAAUCCCUUUGGACGGUGAUGAUCCCUGCUCCCUACCGCUGGAUGAGGGCUCCUGUACUGCCUACACCCUGCGCUGGUACCACCGGGCUGUGCCCGGCGGCACGGCCUGCCAUCCUUUCGUGUACGGUGGCUGUGGAGGGAACGCCAAUCGUUUUGGGACCCGUGAGGCCUGUGAGCGCCGCUGCUCACCCCACGGGGUCCAGAGCCGCAGCGCAGGUGCUGCCCAGGGCUGAGGCCCAGAUGACGAGGUGACAGACAGUCAGCGUCCCCCCGGAGGAAUCGGGGCUCCUCAGGGUCCUGCUGUCCUCUUCUUGGUGCUAGAGGCCUGUGUGCACGUGAGCGUGUAUACGCGAGUUCAGUGACUGGGUCCUGCGGGUCUAGCCAGUCCCCCCUGUGGACAAAUCCCCAUUGUGUCUCGUGCCCCCCCCAGCGGAUGACGCACUGUUUUGGGGGGGUGGCUGUGGGCAGUGAGCGGAUGUGACUGGUGUGUGACCCGCCCCUUGACACAAGCCUGUGAUGCCAUGGUGCUGAUGGGGGGGGGGGGGUUAUUAAAGCUGCUAUUUUAAAAGGCC